CACCUGCCGGGAAACGGGGAGACUUCACUCUAAAGUAACUGAUAAACAAGUGUGAAGCAUGAGGAUCAACUCCGCUAUUCAGGCUGCUAUUGACCUCACAGCAGGAGCUGCAGGUGGGACAGCAUGCGUGGUGACUGGCCAGCCCUUUGACACCGCAAAGGUGAAGAUGCAGACGUUCCCCAACAUGUACAAAGGAAUUGUUGACUGUUUUGUGAAAACCUAUAAGCAAGUGGGGCUUCGAGGCUUCUACAAGGGAACCACACCAGCGCUUGUAGCCAACAUCGCAGAGAACUCCGUUCUGUUCAUGUGCUAUGGAUUUUGCCAACAAAUUGUGAGAAGAAUUGUUGGAGUAGACAGGAAAACAAAGCUCAGUGAUCUGCAGAAUGCCGCUGCAGGCUCCUUCGCCUCUGCCUUUGCCACUCUUGUCCUCUGUCCCACAGAGCUGGUGAAGUGCCGGCUGCAGGCCAUGCAUGAAAUGCAGUUGUCAGGAAAGAUAAUCCAGGGACACAAUACAGUUUGGUCAGUAGUGAAGGGUGUUAUUCAAAAGGAUGGUCCCCUUGGAUUUUACCGUGGCCUGUCAAGCACUUUGCUGCGGGAAGUCCCAGGCUAUUUCUUCUUCUUUGGAGGGUAUGAACUGAGCCGGACGUUCUUUGCCUCUGGAAGAUCAAAAGAUGAAUUAGGUAUGGUGCCUCUUUUUCCUGUUGGAUUUUAG